AUGACUAAGAUACGUCUCCCUAUUUCUGAAUUUGAUGAAGAAUUUAAUCAAAAUAGUUACAAAAAUUUUAUCAGAUUAUUUAUUAUGAAUUCAUUAAAUGAGCUUAAACUACAGUUAAGUUCGUAUCACAAAUCCAAAGAGAUAGAAUGUAGGAAGAAGUUAAUAGAUUUUUUUAAACAAAAAAUUUCUGAUUUUGAAUUGCUGUAUUUGAUGGACAUAGGAAUUCAAUAUUUAUCGGUGUUUAAAAACAUCGAUAGUUUUAAUUAUUAUGAGGAUAUUGCUAAUAGACUAGCUUUUGUAUUUGAAAACUUAAAGUUAACUGUUUCACCUUCUUGGAACGUAAAGGCCAGCCUUGAAAAUUUAUAUACCAGCAAAAUAUUAUCAGAAUAUCCUGAUAAUUCUGCUAAAGACAUUUACUUAGAAAGAUUAAUUAAAAUAUAUUUAGAAAAAGAAAAUUUGGAUUUUUUUGAUAGCAUUAAAGUUGAAAAAAAUCUUGUCAUUUUAAAUGACAAGCAUAAGAUAGCAUUGUGUGGAGAACUUGUUAAUCCGAAAUUUGUACUUAUAGAUUCAAAUAUACACAUAAAAGAUUUUACUUUUGGUAAGUUUACUACUUAUCUUAAAUUAGAGAAUAAAUAUUUCGAUUUGUUUGAGUUACAUAAAAAGUUUAAAAGCUUAAAAUCUAAAAUUGAUUUAGUUUUUGAUGGAGGCUAUUUGAAUUUUAAAGUCAUAAUUGACAAUUUACAGUUUGAAGCGAAUGAAAAUAUCGGCACUUUUAAUUUAGAUCAGUUUAUUCUAGCUUUAAACUCAAAAUAUAAAGAUUUACACUUUUCUCUUGAUGAUGGAUGGUAUUCAUUGUAUAAUUGUACGAUUGAAGAAAAACAAAAUGUUAACAGAGACUUUACGUUACAAAAUGAACAAGACAUCAGUUUUUUUAUAAAAAAUAAUUACUAUGAUAAAGCGAUAUUGUUUUUUCCUUCUCCGAUGGUUUAUAUAACAUUUUUAGAAUUUAUUAUGAGUGAAAAUAAUUUUUUUAAAAUUAUUGAAUGUGCAUUUAAAGAUAAAAAAUUUUUUAGGAACAAAAAAGAAAUUAUGUUCGAUAAUAUUACCUUUAAAUUUAUAAGUAUAAAAAAUAAUAUUGUUAAAUUUGAUUCAUAUGCAGGAGAUUUACAAUUCUUUAUACAAGAUCAUUUCUUAACAUUUGAAAAAAAAUCUAACAACCUAUCGUUUUCUGAAUUUGAUGUUUUGAUAAAAAAUCGAAGUCUUUUGUUACUUUACGAUUUGCAAAAGUACGUCAAUCAACAUGAUAAUUCAGGUAACAAAAGUAAUGAAUGCAUACUGAAAUUAAAAAACAAUUAUUUGCAAAUUGAAUUUGAUACAUUUUUGAUAAAUAUUCAUAAUAAUUAUAUAAAAGUUUUAGAUUAUAAAAUUACAGAUCCAAAUCUAUAUCUUAAAUUUCUUUUUAAUAUUUACAAAUAUAAAGAAAAAACCCUUAGAGAUUUGAUAUCUGUUCAAAUACAUAAUGUCAUCUUUACGUAUAAUAUAAAUGAAAAUAAAAUACUAUCAAAUAUUAAAAAUCAAGAAAUUUAUAAUUAUAGAGUUACUAAGUUACUUUUGCAAAACUUGUUGCUAUUUUAUACACACGGGAUAUUCCCGGACUUUGUUGCUCAGGAUUAUGCUAUUUUUUAUUUAGAUUUACAGUAUAAAAUAUACUUUUCAAACGAAACCUUUGAAAGUCCACAAGUUUGGUUUAAAAGUUUAAAAAAAACUGUUAAUGGUAAUAGUAAUGUUUUAGAUUUGUCUCUAGAAAAUUUUUACCAAAUAUAUAAAAAAUGUAAUUAA